ACAUUAACUCCCCUCAAUUCAACCCUCUCACUUCAAAAAAAAAAAAAAAAAGUAAUUAUUAUGGCUUCACCCAAUUCCGACCACUCUCGUCCACUGAAAACAGUCCCCGGCGGCUAUGGCUGGCCGUUCUUCGGCGCCAUCAAAGACCGCCACGACUACUUCUACAGCCAAGGCCAAGACGAGUUUUUUCGCACCCGAAUCAACAAAUACAACUCCACUGUCUUCCGAACCAACAUGCCUCCCGGUCCCUUCAUAGCCUCAAACCCUAAGGUCAUCGCCGUCCUCGACGCCGUCAGUUUCGCGGUCCUUUUGGACAACUCCAAGGUCGAAAAGCGCGGCGUCCUCGACGGAACUUUCAUGCCGUCCACAGCCUACACCGGCGGCCACCGCGUCUGCGCUUACCUCGAUCCCUCCGAGCCCAACCACGCCAAGCUCAAGUCAUUCUUCCUCUCCCUCCUCGCCUCGAAAAAAGACAAUUUUAUCCCUCUCUUCAGAGCCUCCUUGUCCGAGCUCUUCACCAACUUAGAAGAUCAAGUGCAUGACAAGAGCAAGAAAAACACAGCCGACUUCAAUGCCCAAAACGACGAAAUGUCCUUCAACUUUAUUUUCCAGCUUUUCUUCGAUAGAAAGCCCUCGGAAUCCGGACUCGGGUCCAAAGGCCCGGCCCAUUUCGACAAAUGGCUGUUUUUCCAACUUGCACCACUUAUCACCUUAGGGUUGUCGAAGUUUCUCAACUGCCUCGAAGAUUUGCUUUUGCAUGUUUUUCCUCUACCGUGGUUUUUAGUCAAGUCCGAUUAUAAGAAGCUUUACGACGAGUUUUACUCGUCGGCGGGAUCAGUUUUGGACGAAGCUGAGCGUUUUGGGAUUGAGAGAAAAGAAGCUUGCCAUAACUUGGUCUUUUUAGCUGGUUUCAACGCUUAUGGAGGAAUGAAAGCUUGGUUUCCCGGUUUGAUCAAGUGGGUCGGAUCAGCAGGAGAGAGUUUGCACCAUCAGUUGGCUGAUGAGAUCAGGACCGUUGUUAAGGAAGAAGGUGGAAUCGGUUUUGGGGCGUUGGAGAGAAUGAGUUUGACUAAAUCAGUGGUUUAUGAAGCGCUGAGAAUUGAGCCUCCUGUUCCUUUCCAGUACGGCAAGGCCAAGGAGGAUAUGGUGGUCUACAGCCAUGAUGCGGGUUUUAAGAUCAAGAAGGGAGAGAUGAUCUUUGGUUAUCAGCCGUUCGCUACGAAGGAUCCGAAAGUUUUUGAGAAUCCUGAGGAGUUUGUGGGCCACAGGUUUGUUGGGGAAGGAGAGAAGUUGUUGAAGUACGUUUAUUGGUCAAAUGGACGAGAGACGGAAGAUCCAACGGUGGAUAACAAGCAGUGUCCCGCGAGGGAUCUGGUGGUGCUGCUAUCUAGGGUAUUCUUGGUGGAGCUCUUCCUUCGUUAUGACACGUUCACGAUUGAGGCUGGUAGGUUGUUGCUUGGCUCUUCUGUGAAGAUCAAGUCGUUGACUAAGGCCAGUACAACAGCUUGACCAUGAUCGUAAAGUGAAUAUAUAAGUCGUAAGUUUCACUAUGAGGGCCUCCAUUUGAUAUGUUAUGUUUUCUGUUUUCUUAUUAAUAUAUAAAUUCUAAAUAACUUAAAGCCAGCAACUUGUAUUUU